UGCCCGUGGCCGGGGAGGCGCUGCUCGCCCUUGCGGGCCUCCGGGCGCCAUGGGGGCCGGUGGGCUCGGGGUGAGGGCGGCACACACGGCCCUGAGCGGGGGCUUGGCGCUGGGGCUCCUCCUGCACCCCACAGAUCUACGAGAGCAAGUGGAGUGUGGAGAGCUGCUGCUGCCAGUGAUCUUCAUCGUACUGAUCUUGUGCUCUGUCCUGCUGUACUUCAAGGUGUCUCUCAUGGAUCCAGGCUUUGUUAAGUCUGAAGAGGAAGUGAAGGCAGACAAGAACGAAGAACAAAGCAUAGUGAUACCCCAAGUUUCAAGCAGUAUUAAGAUGCGGCGUUGCGGCUACUGCAUGGUGAAGCAACCAAUGCGAGCCAAGCACUGCCAGGUGUGCCAACACUGUGUACGGCGUUAUGACCAUCACUGCCCCUGGAUUGAGAACUGUGUAGGAGAGAAGAAUCACCCCCUCUUCAUAGUUUACCUGAGCAUACAGCUUGUAGCUCUGCUGUGGGGAGGUCACACUGCUUGGUCAGGCCUCUACUUUAAACAGUCCUGGGACUGGCUGAAGCACAACAUUUUCCUCCUCAUGUCCUUCAUCCUGAUAGUCAUAUUCACCAUAGUUGUCCUGCUGUUGCUUAUUUCACACCUCUACCUGAUCUCAUGCAACACCACCACCUGGGAAUUCAUGUCAUAUCAUCGUAUCUCCUACCUGCGACACUCUGAGUUGGAGAAUCCAUUUGACCAAGGGGUAGUCCUCAAUCUCUGGAGAUUCUUCUGUUCAUGCCAUCUCACUGCAUGGGAGAAAAUCUAUUUUCACAGGAACUACGAGUCCGUCUAGUCAUAGUAGUACCUUCUUAGUAGAAUGCCAAGACAUCUGCAGGUUGCUGGAUAAAACUUUGCUAAUGCAAUCUCCCCUAUUUCCUUGCAUGGAACUUUAGUAUGUCAUCAACUAUGCAACCUGUUCCACAACCUGUUCAUCCAUAAACACAAGUUACAUUUCAAGAAGGAUGGUCAGGGUUAUUUUUUAUAUACAAAUAACACCGUUACAGGAGAGAGACUGGUUCUGGGAAGGCCAGGGGGUGAAUACUGGCCUGAGCAAGAAUCUCUCUUCAAAUUUACUUGUUUUUGUUAACUGCACCCGCAUCUCCCUAGAAAAGAUGGAAGAAGAGCAUGAACAGCCACGUACCUUCCAUUAACUUUCCUCUCCAUUUGCUGCUAAGGAACAACAGCCGUUACAAACAAACCAGCCAGAAUCAAUAUCAUUCCUGUGGCCUUUCUUCAACAUAGUUUUCACUGUGAGAACUGCAGUGCCUUUUGUCAAUAGUGUUGGGCACAUAAUAGAAAUAUUUGAGUAAAUAUUUGGACAGUCAAAAGCAAAUUUCAUUUUGACUACAUGCCUAAACUUCAUGCUCUUUCACAAAGAUUUGAGGUUUCAUAGUAUUAAUGUGCAUGAGAAACAGCUGUAAGACAACAAAUUCAGCUUAUGAAGUAAUGAGUCUAUCCUUUGCAAUGCCCUGACCAGCAUCCUACGAGGUUUUUUUCCUGUUGAUAUUAACAAUUCACAGGGUAUUUUGAAUGAAUUCAGCAAAGAAUGAUGUCAUCCAUUUUUCUUUUGACAGAAAAGCAAUACUUGCCUACUGAAUUAUUUCUGCAGGUAACCUCAUGCUCUAGAGGCCUUCACUGUAGCUAACGGGGAAAAAGCCAGUAAUAGAGGGGGUAUGAUACUUGCCUAGCUCAAAUAAUACUAUUGGUAAUGCUACUACCUCAGCAUAUUAGUAAAAUUUUAAUGAAAUACAAAGUUUCAGGGGAAAGGAACAUUCAAAUAAAAGGUUCUAGGUCCUAUUUGUUUCUAUGGGAUUAGUGGGUGCUGAUAGCAUUCCAGGACGGCAGCAAGCUUACUUGCUUUCCAUUGUAAUGGUUCCUACUUCAAGUUUCUGUGAAGGACUAAAGGGAAAAGUUAGGAUGUGCAAUUUUAGUCUUAAAAGCAGAAAAGCCUGUGGUGUGAAUUUUAGUCCUGGCUCUUUUCUGUUUUAGAAACAAAAAACAACAACAACAACCACCCACACCCAACAAUUUAGUUAAAAUUAUUUUGUGCCUUAAUUGCUUUGAUGCAGAAAUUAACGCCGGCUCAAGAACACAUCUAGCAUGCUGGUAGGAUGCACUCAGGGUCUAAAGUUGAUGAGUACUCAUGAAAGGACAGUGUAGUGACUAAUACAGCACAACAGUCCAAAAGCAGAUUGAAACAGCAGAAGUCUCUCUUAUUUUUUGACCAAAUUCAAUGUCUGUAAACUGCACCAGUCUGGUUUGUUCAGGGAAGAAACUCCUAUCAGAGGGAUAUCAGAAUGUUAAGAAUUAUUUUCAUAAUAAUGAUGUACAACACAGAAAGGAUUCUGCAGUUUGUUGGAUCAGUGUGGUGCCUGACAAAAUAUGGCUCGUCUGCUAGUUAGCAAUUACUGUUUCUUCAGAUAGCAGUCGAAUAAAAAAUCGUCAUCAGGUAUUACAGUUCAAAACACACAGUGUUGCUCUGUUUGGUAAUUCCUUUUUAAAUGCACUGGGAUGGUAAUUUAAAGUCUUUUUACUAUAAAAGUAUUAAAAGAUUAAAUAC